AUGAAGGCGGAAGCCAGAAGUCACUUCUGGUGGCCUGGACUGGGCAGCGACAUCGAACGGCUGGCCAAGAAAUGCCCUGCUUGCACGAUGGCAGCAAAAGAGACGGCGAAAGUGCCCUUGCAGCAGUGGCCAGUUGCCGAGAAUCCGUGGCAGCGUGUGCACAUGGACUUCGCAGGCCCGUUCCACAACGAGAUGUUUCUUGUGAUUGUGGACAGCUUCUCGAAGUGGCCGGAAGUCGUCAAGAUGCGGCGUACGCAGUCCGGCGACGUGAUUGCCGUGCUGGAACAUUUAUGUGGCCGUUAUGGAUACCCGAAACAGCUGGUCACGGAUAACGGGCCGCAGUUCACCAGUGCCGAGUUUGCAGACUACUGCAAAGCUAACGGGAUUGCGCACCUGCGCACGGCGCCUGGACACCCGCAAUCGAACGGGCAGGCGGAGCGGUAUGUUGGCGCAUUCAAGGACGCCAUGACCAAGAUGUUGGCCGACAACAAUGGUAACAUCGAGGAUGCAUUGCGGAAAUACCUAUUCAGGUAUCGUACGACACCGCAAGCCACCACAGGAAGUUCGCCUGAUGAGCUAUUCCUGAAGCGCCGAAUGCGCACAGCGCUGGAUUUGGUACAUCCAGAUGCGAACGAGACACGGCAAGCCAACAUGGACCGUCAUAAACGUAACUUCGAUCAGCAUGCCAAAGCGAAAAAACUUCCAUGGCGAACAGCUAGUGUUAGUACGUGA